UACACUCGUCAACACCACUUCUUUUUAUUGCUUGGUCAGAAUGCAAGUGUUGAAGGACACGAUGGAUAAGAGUGCUACUAUUUUGGGUAACUUUUCAAGGGCACUCAUCCUGAUAACAUGGUGGUUAUCAUCACCAUUUGUGCAUGGGGUGGAUUUGUCGUACUGCGAACUUGACGAUGCAAAUAUUUGCUCGAAACUUGUCACAGACGCGUUUCGAGCAUAUCCAACGUAUAGGAAUCUCACUACGCCUGAUCUUAUCCGACGCCUAGGUUAUCCCGUCGAGAAGCAUCAAGUGACCACAGACGAUGGCUAUAUUCUCACCAUGUAUCGGGUCCCAUAUUCAGAAAAAUCGCCUCGAGUUUCUCCUGGUGGGGUCAAAAUCCCCGUUUAUUUGAUGCACGGUUUUUCUGCGAGCUCCGUUCAAUGGGUGUGGCAAGAUCCACCAAGAAAUUUACUUUUCAUGCUGGUUGAUGCCGGUUUUGACGUAUGGCUGGGUAACGCUAGAGGAACGCAGUACAGUCUGGGUCACAAAACACUAAACAGCAAUGACUCUUUUGAUACGCGGUAUUGGGACUUCAGCCACCAUGAAAUGGGGAUGUACGAUAUUCCAGCCACGAUAAAUCUCAUUUUAAACGUCACGAGACAAGAUUCCAUCUACUACAUUGGACAUUCGAUGGGUACAACACAAUUCUUUGCGGCCAUGAUGCUCCAUCCCGAAUUAGCGCCCAGAGUAAGGACAAUGUUCUCCCUCGCUACUUCGGGUUAUCAACCAAACGCUAAUAAUUUGUUCUUUCGAGCAAAUGUGCCCCUCUUGGCCCCGUAUGCUGGAGAGCAAGUAAUCGAUGCCGCCUUCAGGGGCCAGUUCCUCCCUUAUAUUUUGCGACGAGGAGCUUCCACAGAAUUUUGCACUCUCGCUGUUUUCAACUGUGGCAUUUGCUAUUCUGCGUACGCUGUCUUAUUUGGGCUUGAUCCGUGCCAAACAGAUUUUGGAAAAUUACCAGCCGUAUUGGCGCACUUACCUGACACCACAAGCGUCCGAGUAGCGUCCCAUGUAUCGCAAGAUAUGCAGUACGGCACUUUUCGGCAGUACGACUUCGGGUUUAUUAAAAAUUUGAGGAAGUAUGGCAGUAUAACUCCGCCGGAUUACGAUUGGAGCUUGUACAGAGUUCCAACCGUGAUUUAUUACGGAGACAAUGACAACCUUGCCGUUCCAGUGGACGUGCUAAGAACAGCUUCAGCCAUGGGUGCAAACUUGAAGCUAAUCAAGCGUAUAGACAAUCCAUUUUGGGAUCACUUAGAUUUUGUUCUUGCAAAAGACGCUGAUUAUUACCUAUACAACGAUAUGCUAAAUAUUAUGAGAAAUCAUACAUGGGGAUGAUUUGAACAAAGAAUAAAUUGGGAAUGGUGUAAAUUAAUUAAUUUAUAUAAAUCAACUUGUUUUCAUGCUAAAUAAAUAUAAGAUCAGAUUAUGUCA